AACAUUUUGAAGAACAUUAUUGUUAAGCAAAAUCUUUAAAAUAUUGAUUUCCUAAGUUUUGGAGAAGAAAAUUAUUAUUUUAUUAUUAUAUUAUUGUGUUACCCAAUCAAUGACAUUCACUGGCACAGUGGUUGCGGACUUGCGGUUGUGGACUCCGUGCACCUCACCGGCGUCAUCUUCUUCUUCCUUUUUCUCUCGAUACAAACAGGAUUAGGAAGAGACUGAGAAUUUGUGGAGCUGGUUUACAAUAUCUGUGUUCAUCUAUUAAAAAUGGCUUGCCAAAUAGGAUCUAUGUGGAGGUUAUCAAUUACAGAGAAUGGAUGCAUAGAAAAAUCGUGUAUGGCCCUCGCCAAUUCUAGAGCACACUGCUGUCGCUGCGAGCCGAGUUGUGGUAUUUUAGGUCUAAAACUUGGCCUAAAGUCAGCGCCAUUUCACCAGAGCUGUUUCCUUGGAAGAAGAGCUGGCUGGAAAAUAGCUUUUGCCUUGAACACAGGUGGAGUGCCUGGUGAUGGUGAUCAACAAGGCCUCGAUGAUUCCAGUUCCGGUUUCAGUGGUACUCGAUUGAGUAGGAUACUGAGUGCAGGUGGUAGACAACUUCUGGAAAAGCUAAACUCAGCUAGAAAGAACCUCCCCAUGAAAGUAUUCUUGCUACUUCUAGGUUUCUAUACAGCAAAUGCUCUUGCUACAAUCCUUGGACAAACCGGUGAUUGGGAUGUUCUGGUUGCCGGUGUUGUGGUGGCUGCGAUCGAGGGAAUUGGUAUGCUGAUGUACAAAAAGCCGCCUAGUGUGAGAACAGGGAGGUUUCAGUCUUUUCUUAUGAUGAUGAAUUUCUGGAAGGCUGGCAUAUGUUUGGGCCUCUUUGUGGAUGCUUUCAAGUUAGGCAGCUAAGGAUACCCAAGGCCUAUCCCUGUUGUUGUAUCAUGGCCCUUACGCAAUAUCUUCUGGUAUGAAAUUUUAGAAUUCAAUUCCCUGUGUACUGAUUGGAAACUAGGAUAGGUAAGAGAAAAUAUCGCUGAAAUGAACUGAGCAAUCUAGGAGAAGUUGGUUAAUCACAUCCUCAAUAUCAUAAUGAUCACAUUAUGUAGACUAA